AUGGGGCAAGAGCUCAACGAGCAGAAGACGCAGAUGCAGAACCUCAUCAACCUAGCCAAAAAAGGCCGCUUCAUGCUAGCAGACGCGCUGGUCGAGAAUGCGAAGAACGAAAGAGAGAAGCUUCGUGUGAAGUUGUUCCACGAUGGUCUUCGCGUUGGCAGAUACAAGACCAAUCUGUACGGCACUGCGGAAUGGGAGAAUGGUACCGAAGCAGAUGCCAUCACGGCACUUCGAAAGAAGCUUCAGCAGGAGCGGGACUCUGUGGCAUCCCUCAAGCUCUCCUUAACGAAGCAGUCCAAAAGCAAGGCCAUUGAGACCGAUGACGCGGACGCCAACACGGAAGAAACAGACGACCUGAUGGAGCAGCGAGAAGUAUGUAAUCACCGACACGAGUACAUCAGGAGAGAGGACGCCAUGAUCAAGGAGCGCGAGGGCCGGCUGAUGGCCGAGCGAAAUGCCUAUCUCAAAAACAAGCACCUGGUGAAUGCGGAAGACAGGUCGCGCUUCGGUCACUACCCGAUGCUGCAGGACAGAUUUCAGUUGCUGAACCUGAUCGGCAAGGGUGGGUUCUCGGAGAUCUACAAGGCCUUCGACCUUGAGAUGAUGUGCUACUGCGCAAUCAAGCUGAAUGAGAUCAAUUCGAAGAUGUCGAACGACAUGUGCAAGGACGCGGUGCGCUGGGCUCUGCGAGAAGCCGAGAUUCAAAAGGCCCUGCAGCAUCCACGCAUUGUCCAGAUGCGCGAAUGCUUCGCAGUGGAUAACCAUGCCUUUGUGGCCGUUCUGGAGCUUUGCGAAGGUGAGACAUUGGACACGCGCUUGAAGAGCACUGGUCCUUUCUCUGAGAAAGAAGCGAAAACUAUUAUUGUCCAGAUUCUGACAGGCCUACGCUACCUGAAUAGCGCCGGUCGAAAGAUCAUCCAUUACGACAUCAAGCCCUCUAACGUGUUCUAUCAUGCUGGGCAGGUCAAAAUCUGUGAUUUCGGGCUCUCCAAGAUGGCAAACCAUAGCGCAGAAGGAAUAAUCGAGCUCUCCACACGCGGUGCUGGCACCUCGUGGUAUCUUCCCCCCGAGUGCCAUGAGACGGCAUCGCCGACGAUCAGCAGUAAGGUGGACGUGUGGAGCACAGGAGUCGUUUUCUUUGAGCUCCUUUUCAAUCGCCGGCCUUUCGGUGAUGGUCAGAGCCAGGACGCUUUUCGCCGGUCUGUGGGCAUUGAAGACACCUUCGAGCUGGUCAUUCCGACGUCUCCGAAGGUUUCAAACGAAGCAAAGGAGUUCCUACGUCGAAUUCUGACGCGGGACCGUGAUCAACGACCUGACGUCCUGGAAGUCCUCCAGGAUCCCUACAUCCGCAAGGGUUUGACCGAUGUGGCCGGCAAGAAAAGGUGA